CAAAUUUCACCCUUAGCACCGUCUCCAAUGAUUCGCUUCCGAGACAAGAAAUACAUUGUAGACAGCUGAAGGAUGCUUUUAAGUGUGGGAUAUCUUAUGCUAUAUGUAGCAAGGUGGUGGUCUCACAGAGCCAGGAAAAACAUGUAUCUACAAGCAGUAAGACAGGUGGUGCGAGGAAGCAGCAUUUUUAUCAGGAGGUCAGUGUCUGGAAAGACGUAUGCGGCAGCAGGAUCUCUCAUACAGUCGUCACUUGUUAACGGAUCUCCAAGCUUUACCCCCAAACCCUUGGUGGAAGAUGAUCACAUGGAAAUGUUGUCUAUAGAACCAAAGCAAAUUGUGAACCUGAAAGAUGAUUGGACAGCAUACUACAGACCACAGGGUGAAUAUGUGGAAGAUGAAACUCAUGAAGAUAUCAUGUUAUUGCUGGAAGCCAGAAGACCAACAAAUGUUGAUACUUUCCUCAAACAUGAGCUGGAAGUGGCACCUGCAGAGAAAGUGCAUAUAUUAGCUCAUGGGGCAGCUGUGGCCUGGAAGUCUGGUACACCAUUUGGUAUUAUUUUACACUGUACCUUAGAUGAGUUUGUAACAUUGGCCAUGGCAUUCUGUGAGGACCGCCUCACCAUGGAUGAAGAUCUUGAAGUUAACUCUAUCAUGACUGUGAAGGUAGAGGGAAAAUCUACAAGUCUUGUUCAGAAUCAGGAGAUUGACACAGAUACAGUCACUGAAAGUGCCUUGAAACCAAACAGUAUUCCUGCUGAAACUGACAGAAAUGUCAAUAAUGCUGAAGAUGACAACAGUAUUGCUAAACAGUUGGAACAUUUAUUAGUGCCAUCCUCUGAGCAGGAUCAGUUAACUGAAUUGUGGUCAAAUGAGUCUUUAGCAUCAAAUUCUUCAAUUGGUCGUACUUCUGAACUUCUCGAUAUGAUUGACUCGGAAGCACGGGAAACUGAGACGCGUGCCGAAGAAUCAAUGAUGGAAAGUGGGGCCGGAGAGGGGUUAAGUGAUUUCGAACUCGCAGGCAGCUCAAGUAGUACUUCAGGGUCUCUUUCUCAGAGUUGGAGAUUUGUUCGUCAGACCUCACUGGCAAAACCGCCAAAUGUGCUAGUUUAUGCAGGGAAGAUAGACUCAGUGAGAAAAUUUAACAAAGUAAAGAAAAUCCUUGAACAGUGCUUAGAUAACGAGUCAUACGUAAUAUAUCAUUUAAAACACGAGGAAAUAGAAACUACGCCAUGGAUCGAGAACACCAUUCUGUUAGUUAUUGCAUCCAAGAAAAGAUAUGCAGACUCAAACGAGGCCUUCUUGAAAUAUUUCAAAGCGGGAGGAAAAAUUCUUGGCUUAGGGAGCGGAUUUGAUCAAGAAUUAGUCGGGCAAACAAUGAUUCGUAAGGAAAAUUGGAUUGUGAAUCUAAACUAUAAAAGUUGGUCUGACGUUUCUUUAAUUUCUGGAAUGUAUGCUUAUGACACAAAUACUGUGGUAGUUGAUGAUAGUCGCGUUACAAAACUUGCUACGGACAAAAAUGAAAACGUGCUUAUCGUAAAAGUGAACCAAGAAACAAAAAGAAGUGCAGGCUCUGCUAUUUUGUCUCAGGUGUUGUUUGAUAAGGAUGCAGGGGAUAUGGGUGUGACACCAGAGAUGUUUAACGCAUUGAAGAAAUCAAACACUGCUAGGUUUGAGAUCCUAGGACAACUUCUCACCACCCUAGGAUUAGAAUGUAGUGCUAGCUCUCCACCAGUACUUACACCAGCUGUACUUGUUGCCAAAGAAUCAAAUUUGAAACACAACUUUUUGAAAUCAAUAGAGAACAGACUUUCAUCAGGAGUUUUAAAAUAUGGCACGCAGAGCCUGCAAUUCACAACAGAUGACAGUUCACCUGCUGAGGAAAAUCUACUUCCAGUUCUCACAGAGGAGAGUGAACCAUUUAUGAAGAACUUCAACCAGGGAGAGUACUGUGGUAACUUGAAAAGUAGGAUUCUGGGAAAUACUGUGAUCUAUGUGGAUGUGAUCCCGACAACCAUGACACUGCUGGAUGGAUUGAUGUUCUCAGUUCCUGAAACUACUGGCCUAAUAGCUAUAGCCAGACAGCAAACACAGGGUGUAGGUAGAGGAGGAAACAGUUGGUUGAGCCCUAUUGGGUGCGCCAUGUUCUCGUUACAUGUCAAGUUACCAGUAGACAGUAAUCUUGGCAAGGCUGUGUCCUAUCUUCAACACAUAACCUCCCUCGCUGUUGUGUACAGUGUGUGUACACUGGAAGGAUAUCAGGACAUUGACCUGAGACUGAAGUGGCCAAAUGACAUUUACUAUGGCCGUGAGAUGAAACUUGGUGGUGUUAUCGUAAAGUCAACAUUCAUGGAUGGCAUGGUACAUGCUACGAUUGGGUGUGGAUUUAAUGUUGAUAACAGCAACCCAACCAUCUGUAUUAAUGACCUCAUACAGCUGCAUAAUCGUCAGGAGGGUACGAGUCUCCCUGCAUGUACCUCAGAACAGCUGAUUGGUCGGACUGUCACGUGCAUAGAGAAUCUCAUUGAUGAGUUCCAGACAGAAGGGGCGGAAAGCUUCAAACAGAAAUACUAUGAGAAGUGGCUUCAUAGCAACAGUAAAGUUAAUCUUCAAUCAGAAGGUAACGCAGAAGUGCAAAUCAUCGGUUUAGAUGAGUAUGGAUAUUUGCUGGUGGAGACAGCUGAUGGUGUGAAGAUUAGCGUACAGCCUGAUGGAAACUCGUUUGACAUGAUGAAAAAUCUGAUCAGUAUGAAAACAAGAUAGUUUGCUCUGAUGGGUUAUAUAGAAUUAGAAUAUAAAAAAAAAAUAGCUGAACAUGUCUGCCAGUUAGACAGCAGCUGAAACUCCCACAUAUAGAAAUUGACUUCAUAAAUUGUCUCAAGUUUGCAGUGUGUGCCAUCCCUAUAAUCAGAUUUAUACUUUUACACCUGUCAAAAUUGUUUAAAAUUGUGUUUGAUUUCACAGAAUUGGUAAAGAUAUUUCACUGAGGUUUCUGAGUGCUGUGAGCAUAUUCUAAGUUAGAUGAGUAAAACAGAACAGUGUUCUGAAAUGUUUGGAACAUGUGCAGACUAUUCUCGAUUAUACCUGGUGCAUGCAGAAUGGUCAUAAGAUAAAGUACAGCUACAUUAGAAAGUCUUGUUUUGGUUCCUGUCCUCUAUGGAUGCCUACAAUAAGACUGGGAACCAGAGUAAACAGUGUUCUGUAUUAAUCUUUAGACAAAAAUAUUGAGAAGGUUGUUCUGAAAUUUAAUAGCACCAUUCAAAAUUGUGAAUGGAAUAACACCCAUUUUUUUUUGUGAAACUUUUACAGCGAGGUUGGUUUUGAAGAACAUUUAUCUUUUAAGACAUUUUUAUGUAAAAAAAACAAAACAAAACCCAUAAAUGUAGUCAUUGAUAAGUUUGGGAAUGUAUUACUAGUAUAUAUUUUUUGUAAUUACAAGAAUAUAGUAAAAUGUCAUAUAUUUAUUAUGAUCAUAAUUAGUUUUAUACUUUGUGUGUUCAUUAUGAAAACAUGUGAUUGAACCUUAAAAAAUAAAAUAUAUGAGCCGAAUCAUGAGAAAACCAACAUAGUCGCUCUGCAACCAGCAUGGAUCCGGUCAGCUGUUCGCUUUCAAAGCCUAUUGCAAUUAGAGAAAUUGUUAGUGAACAGCAUGGAUCCUGACCAGACCGUGCGGAUGCGCAGGCUGUUCUGGAUCCAUGCUGGUCGCAAAGCCACUGUGUUGGUUUUCUCAUGGCGCGGCUCAAUUAUUAGGAUUGUUAUAUGCUUGUGUUUCAUGUUAUUAAGGUUGAUUUAUUGCACUAAAUAAUGCAAAUUGCAGACAGUGUAGAGAAGGUAUGUUUGCAGCAAAUUUGGCUUACAUCAGAAAAUAUAUAUUUUGAAAUUUUUUUUUACAUAUGUGCAAGGUAAUUCCAUUCAUUACCACAAAGUUGGGUGUAUAUUUAUGUCUCCCCCAGGAGACAUAUUGUUUUUGCCCUGUCUGUCCGUCCGUCUGUCCAUCCGUCCUUCCGUCCGUCAGUCCGUACGUACGUCACACUUCAUUUCCGAGCAAUAACUGGAGAACCAUUUGACCUAGAACCUUCAAACUUUAUAGGGUUGUAGGGCUGCUGGAGUAGACGACCCCUAUCGUUUUUGGUGUCACUCUGUCAAAGGUCAAGGUCACAGGGGCCUGAACAUUGAAAACCAUUUCCGAUCAAUAACUAGAGAACCACUUGACCCAGAAUGUUGAAACUACAUAGGAUGAUUGGUCAUGAAGAGUAGAUGACCCCUAUCAAUUUUAGGGUCACUUCGUCAAAGGUCAAGGUCACAGGGGCCUGAACAUUGAAAACUAUUUCCGAUCAAUAACUAGAGAACCACUUGACCCAGAAUGUUGAAACUUCAUAGGAUGAUUGGUCAUGAAGAGUAGAUGACCCCUAUCGAUUUUUUGGUCACUUUGUCAAAGGUCAAGGUCACAGGGGCCUGAACAUUGAAAACCAUUUCCGAUCAAUAACUAGAGAACCACUUGACCCAGAAUGUUGAAACUUCAUAGGAUGAUUGGUCAUGAAGAGUAGAUGACCCCUAUUGAUUUUUUGGUCACUUUGUCAAAGGUCAAGGUCACAGGGGCCUGAACAUGGAAAACCAUUUCCAAUCAAUAACUAGAGAACCACUUGACCCAGAAUGUUGAAACUUCAUAGGAUGAUUGGUCAUGAAGAGUAGAUGACCCCUAUCGAUUUUGGGGUCACUUUGUCAAAGGUCAAGGUCACAGGGGCCUGAACAUUGAAAACCAUUUCCGAUCAAUAACUAGAGAACCACUUGACCCAGAAUGUUGAAACUUCAUAGGAUGAUUGGUCAUGAAGAGUAGAUGACCCCUAUCGAUUUUGGGGUCACUUUGUCAAAGGUCAAGGUCACAGGGGCCUGAACAUUGAAAACCAUUUCCGAUCAAUAACUAGAGAACCACUUGACCCAGAAUGUUGAAACUUCAUAGGAUGAUUGGUCAUGAAGAGUAGAUGACCCCUAUAGAUUUUUUGGUCACUUUGUCAAAGGUCAAGGUCACAGGGGCCUGAACAUGGAAAACAAUUUCCAAUCAAUAACUAGAGAACCACUUGACCCAGAAUGUUGAAACUUCAUAGGAUGAUUGGUCAUGAAGAGUAGAUGACCCCUAUCGAUUUUGGGGUCACUCCAUCAAAGGUCAAGGUCACAGGGGCCUGAACAUUGAAAACCAUUUCCGAUCAAUAACUAGAGAACCACUUGACCCAGAAUGUUGAAACUUCAUAGGAUGAUUGUACAUGCAAAGUAGAUGACCCCUAUUGAUUUUGGGGUCACUCCAUUAAAGGUCAAGGUCACAGGGGCCUGAACAUUGAAAACCAUUUCGGUCAGUAACUUGAGAACCACUUGACCCAGAAUGAUGAAACUUCAUAGGAUGAUUGGUCAUGCAGAGUAGAUGACCCUUUCGCUCCUGACCCCUAUUGACUUCUUGCCUAUAGGACUUUGCAUUGGGGGAGACAUGCGCUUUUUUACAAAAGCAUUUUCUAGUUUUUCAUUGUUAUCCCCUAUCAUAAAUGGAGAGUUAUAGAUUUGGUGUUGUACCUCUGGCUGUUUGUCUCUAUGUGGGUCCAUCCCUCUAAAAUUGAAACUGUUGUAAUUUAACAGUAUUUUAGCUAGAAUCACUGAACCUCACAUAAUUACUGAUUAGCUCACAAUUAGCAUUAUCCUUUUGAUCUAGUAAAAGCACAGUUUACCCCUUAAUUUGGUUAAAAAAGGGAUUUUUUUUAUUGUUGUUGAGUUAUCUAUUGAUGAAUCAUCCUGAAAUAUUUCACAAAACAAAAAAUUAAUGUAGAUCACUAUAGUGCAGUUGCAGAGGUGCAGAUUUCAUCAGGAUCACUUAAGUAACUUUAGAGUAAUUGCCCUUUAAUUGUUUAACAAUCCAUAAAUCCCCACAUAAAGUAAUCCAUUGAUGAAUCUUCACGAAAUUUAUACAAAUAUAGAUCACUAUAGGGCGGUGGUACAUGCACAUCUUUCAUCAUGAUCUCAGGAGUAUCUGCACAGUUAUCACCCUUGAAUUGUUUUAAAAUUCAUAAAUCCCCACAAAACAAAGAAAACUGUUGAUAGAUCUUCAUGAAACUUCACUGUAGGGUGGUGAUGCAUGCACAAUUUCCAUCAUGAUCUCUUCAGUAACUGCAGAGCUAUUGUGCCCUUUAAUUAUUAUAUCUUUCAAAAUACUCCUCUCAUUAAAAAAAGAACCUAUUUAGAGGGGAGAUUUAAAUUCAUUUGCUUGUUUCAAAUUUUAUUUUACAUGCAAAUAGGAUCGAUGCACUUUUAAAUUAUCUGUUCGCCCUCUCUCAUCUUGCAUCAAGAAGUCAUAUGUUUAUUUAUUAAAUGAGGCAGUGUUCUCUGUGAUGAUUGAUUGAACACAAUAUGGCAAACUCAAGCUCCGAUUCAAAAAGAGAAGUUAUCUGUUACUUGCAGGGAACAGGUUAAUCCUUGUCAGGAAUCCAGAGCUUGGGUUAACUUAACAAAGUACCUUACUGAAAUUUUGUUGAAAAAAGUGUUAAACUCAACAAAAUGAACAUUCUUGUACUAAAAUGCACAAUAUGUCAGGUCAGUUUUAUUACUCUGAUUUUCAUAAAAUGGUUAGCUUUAAUGCCUUGUCUAACAAUGCCUUAAAGUGUGGUUGUGAAAUUGCUGAUUUUUUUUACGUCAAUAAAAAGUAAAAGAGUAAAAGAAUAGGAACGACUGUCUUACCCUUGCAUGAGUGUAACAGGUGACUAAGAUAAAGUUCUGCUGUAUCUCUGUGAUUUCAGCAGUAUAAACAUUAAUUUCAGACCUUUUAUUAAAUUUUGUAUUUCAGUGUAGUGUAUUUCAAUGUGUGAAACCAAAACUAUUCAACACCAUAUAGCCUGUGCUAUGUUGGUAUGCAAUUUAAACCCAAGUCAACAUGUCUAUGGUUUUGAGCCCUGCCUUGGUCAUUGUGUGAGGGUCCCAUCCAGCUGGCAUGUGGAGAGCAGAUGGGCCUCUUCCACUAUCAUUAAAGGCGGAAAGUCGUCGAAAGACAAAAGCUGUACCAAUAUAGGGAGGUCACUCUUUACACCUAAUUAUCUAAAUGAAACUUCCUUUCCUUUGACUUAAUGUCAAAGAUAAUUGUUAUAUACUGUGAAAUUAUUUUUAUUUUGCGUAGGACGAAUUUUCACAUAUUUCGCGCUAGGACAGAUGCGCAAAUUAAAGACCGCGCUAUAAUUAUUUUUUAAUUUUAUUUUAUUUCUAAAAUAGAAACGCGCAAAUUAAAGCCCACGCAAAACAGUCCUUUUUCACAUUUACGCGAAAUUUCAUGCCAGCAAAUUUAAAUGAUUUCACAGUAAUGCCAUGAAAAUGUGGCACCUUUUUUGUUUAUUUUUGCUGUGGUGUGUUUUAUUUUUUAUACCUCACUUUUUAAAGUAUUUUCUAUGAUUUCUAUAAUAUAUGCAUUAUUUAAAACAUUUAUGCAGAAUUACCACCAACAUCUAUCGGCUGCUACAAUAAGCAUGGUAAACUUUGUGUGUAUACUGAAAUUUAGAAUUUGUUUAUUGUAGUAAAAUGGUCAUGAUUGAAAUUUCAGUAUUAUGAAAUGUAUGUAUGUUUGAUGUGAUAUGUUUAUGCAUAAUAUUAGGGAUGAGGGAAUGAUUUAGUUUACACAUAUAUGUUCAAUAUUUAUGUGCUGACUUAUUAUUUUGCUUUCAUUUAUGUGUGUAGAGGAUCAUUAUGCAUAGUAGAAAAAGGAUUAGAUAAAUUACUAUGAAAUCAUAUAAUGUUGUGGGCGUACUGUUUUAUGGUUUUGAUUCAAAAGAGAUGUUUUUCGGAGGGUCCUCUGUGGCCGAGUGGUUAAGGAAGUUUGUUGGUUCAACGCAGGCGCCUGCCCAUUAUGAAAUAAUACAAGGAGGGGCACCUGGGGUCUAAAUCCUCCGCCAUCAAAGCUGGAAAGUUGCUAGAUUACCUAUAAUUGUGAUGGUGCGACAAUAAACCAAACAAAAACAAAAAAGCUGAGGUAUUUUUAAGAUACAAAUUCAUUGAAUUCUACUUUUGAACAAGAAAAGAUUUUGUGUAACUAACAUGUUUGUUGGGAUUAAAUUUCCUGGAUUGGAUUAACGACAAAAUCCUUGAAAAUUAGUCCCACUAGAAUAUUAAUGAUUUCACAGUGAUAUUGCCUCACAUCAUGCGUUAUAGUGUAUAAACUUCUGAAACAGUUUUUUACAUGAGCCUUAUCAACAUGUUUGUCUAAAUUCUUUGAAAUAAAAUGUUAUAACUUG